CCCAUAACCAUCAUAUCAAACAUCAAAAAUGCUUAACAGCAUUCCAACAAUGAGAAGACAAUAUCGCUGCAUGGCAUUUGUCUGACAUGAAGCAUGUGUUUUCUUUGCAGGAAAUCACCUUCCCUAAGAUGGUGGCCAACUGUUGUCGUUUUCUCUGUUACUUCUGCCGAAUCAGCCGCCAGAACCAGAAAGCCAUGUUUGACCAUCUCAGCUACCUGCUGGAGAACAGCAGUGUUGGGCUUGCAUCUCCUUCCAUGCGAGGAUCUACUCCUCUGGAUGUGGCUGCAGCAUCCGUCAUGGAUAAUAAUGAGUUGGCCCUGGCUUUAAGAGAGCCAGACCUGGAGAAGGUGGUGCAGUACCUGGCUGGCUGUGGGCUGCAGAGCUGUGUGAUGCUGGUGCGUAAUGGAUACCCGGACAUUGGCUGGAACCCUGUGGAGGGGGAGCGCUACCUCGACUUCCUGCGCUUUGCUGUCUUCUGUAAUGGUGAAAGUGUGGAGGAGAAUGCCAAUGUCGUGGUGAGGCUUCUGAUCCGCCGACCGGAAUGUUUUGGCCCGGCCCUUCGCGGUGAAGGUGGCGAUGGGUUGUUGGCGGCGAUGGAGGAAGCCAUUAGGAUCUCUCAGGAUCUCUCCAGAGAUGGUCCCUCUCCAACGUCUGAGAGCAGCAAAACACUUGACAUGCUGGAAGAAGACGAAGAUGAUACCAUCCACAUGGGGAACGCCAUCAUGACCUUCUAUGCUGCUCUCAUUGACCUGCUGGGCCGCUGUGCUCCAGAGAUGCAUUUAAUCCAUGCUGGUAAAGGUGAAGCGAUCCGUAUCAGAGCAAUUCUGAGGUCCCUGAUUCCUAUUGAAGACCUGGUGGGAGUUAUCAGCAUUCCAUUCUCCAUGCCCAACCUGGCUAAAGACGGGUUGGUGGUGGAGCCGGACAUGUCGGCUGGAUUCUGUCCGGACCAUAAAGCAGCCAUGGUCCUGUUCCUGGACAGGGUCUACGGUAUAGAAGACCAAACCUUCCUGCUGCACCUGCUGGAAGUCGGCUUCUUACCGGACCUGAGAGCCGCUGCCUCUCUGGACACUGUUGCCCUCAGUGCCACAGACAUGGCCCUUGCCCUCAACAGGUAUCUGUGUACUGCUGUGUUGCCUCUCCUGACUAAAUGUGCUCCACUGUUUGCGGGGACGGAGCCCUUUGCCUCGCUGAUCGACUCCCUCCUCCACACGGUCUACCGCCUGUCCAAAGGCUGCUGCCUCACCAAGGCCCAGAGGGACGCCAUAGAGGAGUGUCUGCUGGCUGUUUGUGGUAAGCUGAGGCCUUCAAUGAUGCAGCAUCUGCUGAGGAGGCUGGUGUUCGACGUCCCUCUGCUGAAUGAACACACCAAGAUGCCUCUGAAGCUGUUGACCAAUCACUAUGAGCGCUGUUGGAAGUAUUACUGCCUGGCUGGAGGCUGGGGCAGCUUCGGAGCUACAUCAGAUGAAGAGCUUCACCUCUCCAGGAAACUGUUCUGGGGAAUAUUUGACGCUCUGUCACGCAAGGUAAGGCUCUAGUUUAGGCCUAUUUGUUAAAUAAGAACAUUAAUGGAAAAUUAAAUGAAUUGGACGAUAUGUCAAAAAAGUUAAGGUGUAAGGGGUACUUCUGAUUUGUGUUGCACUCACAUGGGACAGAUUUAUGAAAGAAGUAGAACAGUGCACUCAAUAGACUGCAUGUCUCCGCCAAGUUGUAUUGAAUGAAUACAAACCACAAUUGGCCCACGAGCAUAUCUGAAGCACUUUUCCACUCACACGUCUCACACAACAGUCAGUGAAACAUGUUUUUCAAAAAGUAUGAAGCACUGCAACCUUGAAAGGUAUUUGGGCAUACAGUCAUAAAUGAGCACAAAAACUAUUAGGCUGAUGGGUCCAGUAGUAUUUGAGAUUAGCUGAGGACAGACGGGAUGCGCGCGCACGCACACGCACACACACACACACACACACACACA